UUCCUGCCCGCCUCCCCGGGCGGAGAGCACCCGGCCCGGCCGCCUCUUUCCCCCCCCCUCCCCUCGUCCCCUUCCCUCUCCCUUCCCUCCCGGCCCCGUUCCAGGGGCGAAGCCGCCCGCCGGGCCCCGCGGAGCUGAACCUCGAGUCUUGCUCUAUGCUCACUGGGGGAAGGCCCGGAAGGACAUCUCGGACUGUUGGUGCUGCUUCAUGCAGUUCAAUGUUCUGAGGUCAUGAAACUUAAUCCACAGCAAGCUCCAUUAUAUGGCGACUCUGUUAUUACAGUGCAGCUGACUGAGGAAGAUAAGGUUGAAGAUGAUGUAGUUUUCUACUUGAUCUUCACUGGGUCAACUGUCCAGCACUGCACGAGCACUAGGAAGAUUAAUCCUGGGAGUCUGGAGACAAUUUCUCCUGGCCAUGACUGCUGUGAGACGGUGAAGGUGGCACUUUGUGCCUCUAAGGAAGGUCGCCCUGUUCUGGUGGUGGCAGAAGAGAGCUUCAAGUUCAUCCAGGAUGAAGCCUACGAUGCAGCCCAGUUUCUGGCUACCUACGCAGGGAACCAGCAGGCACUAAACUUCACCCGUUUCUUGGACCAGUCGAGACCACCUGCUGCUGAUGUGGACAUUUUGGAUGAGAAAGUGGCUUUGGCAUUUCGACACCUGAAAUUGCCUGCAGAAUGGAACGUGCUGGGAACGGAUCAGUCCCUCAACGAGAACAUCCCUCGGGAGACACUGAUGCACUUUGCAGUGAGGCAGGGCCUGCUGAGGCUGACGUGGUUUCUGCUCCAGCAGCCAGGAGGAAGAGGAGCUCUCAGCAUCCACAACCGCGACGGCGCGACGCCCGUGAGCUUGGCCUUGGAGAGGGGCUACCAGAAGUUGCAUCAGCUUCUGACCGAAGAGGAAGCCACGGAGCCCGACUCGUGGAGCACCCUGUCUCACACUGUGCACACUGGGGACUACUGCGUCAAGCACCACCAGCAGCUCGAUGUUUACACACUAACAGCUGAAACCAAGGAAGGGACAAAAGCCAGCCUGGAGAGUGACAUACGGCAGCUUCAGAUGCACAUGCAAAGCCACCAGCACAUGAGUUCAAGGAAGCGGACGAAGACUGUACUGAGAACCUCUGGAAAUAGCUGUGGCAAUGGAGCUGAGCCAGUUGGUCACUCAACUGCUUCAUCUCAAAGCCUAGGAGAAAUGCCAGAAGAAGGAAGGAAGGAAAGUCCAUCUGAUGUCCUUCACCUUGACAGUGGGCAGCUCUCAGACCAAGCCCACCAGGAGGACGAGUGCCCCAGUAGGUCACUGAUAACUGGUGCUAUUGAUGCGCCAAACGGCUCGCUGAGUCUGGGGGUGGUGGAGAGCCCAGAGUGCUCCUGUGAAAGCAAAAAUACGGUGACGUUGUGUAAAAAGGAAGAGGAGGGGCCAGCCUCUGCUCAGAGCUCCGGGACUGUAUCUGAUGAGAACGGCUGCACAGUCAGCCCGUGUGCAGGCGUCAACGGUGCUGUAAAUCUCCCAUCCUGUGGAAAUACAAAUGAGGAAGCUGGAAUGACAUCUGCUGGAGUUGUUUUGGAUCAAGCCGGCUUGUGCAGUAAAGAUAGCACCCAUCAGGAAGUGGGAGCUGCUGAGGAGUGUGCAGCUGAAAGUACUGUUGCUGUGGUUGAAACUGCCGGUGAAGCCCCAGCUUCCCGAGAGGGCGUGGAUGUGGCCAUGGGCCAGACCGAGUGCAGGAACUGUGCUGGGGCAGCUGACAGGGCGCCGGGCCAGCAGCAGGUAGAGGAUGGGAUGGCUGAGACCCCUGCAACGAGGACUGAGGAUCCAGGAGAACCAUUGCCAGCUGAGGAAGAACCCGCAAGUGUUGCUCAGCCCUUGCUUGGUGGCUUUAAUGGCACUGAGCGUGCAGGUGGGGAGGAUGCAAAUGUGGGAGUGGUACCGGAGUGUGACAGUACAAAUGCAAAUGUUGACAUUGAUGUCUCUGUUGGUCUUUGCAAGAGUGGCGAUAAUGAUAAGACUGGAGUGUCAGGCACUGAUCUGGUAAACAAUGGAGUUUUGGAAAGCAAAGGUGGUGCCUGUGUCAAGGAAAGGCCAAGAGUCACUGCGAGCACCAGGGCACCGUUGCCUUCAGUGAAUGGAGUGAAGGUACCUGUGUGUGUGCCAGUGUUUCCUGAUGCGGAAAGCCAAGACAGCAGGGAGAGUGUGGAACCUGAAGGGCAGGUGAAAGUGGGUAGCACAAAUGGCAAAUCCAGCUCACCCUCCCUGGAAGACAGCGUGGAAACUGAUGGCCUUGAUGCUAGAGCUGAAAAUGGCAAUAUUGGUGGAACUAAACAAAGCAGUGAAAAACCCACGCAUUGCCAGGGGAGCAGUGACAUUACUGAGUGUAUAGGCAAAGCUGUGGAGGGCAGUGGAGCCCACAGCAAGGAGCCAGUGAGAACUGAUACCAGCAGCAGCAGAGAGGGAGGAAGCAUAGAUUCUGCGGACAGAGCUCAGGAAGUUGCUAGCUGCUGCCCUCCUGUUGAUCAAACUACUGUUAAUGAUGAAACAGGGGACAAGUCAAAGCUGGAUGGCACUCAAGGGAGUGUGCAGGAGCCCAGAUUGCUCCCUCUGGAGGAUGCGAGCACAUUCUCAGCAGGGAAGGAGCCUCCAAAAGCUGAAGAGAGAACAGAAAUUGCUUCAGGGCAAGGGAUGCCCCAUCCUGAUGCAGGGGACCUGGCUUCAGGUCGGACAGGAGAUGCUAUAGUGGCACCUCCUGGACAGGAGGCACCCCUGUGCAGUAGUGACCCUGUUUUACCUCCAUGUUCCAAAGGCGCAGACUGUACAGAGGAUAAUUUUGUAGGCACACCCUUUGUAAUUCGUAAUGAAGAAUCUAAACAAAAGCAGGAAGUGGCAGCAGCAGGAUCGGCUGAGCUGGCCCCGCCGCACAGCCAGGAGCGUGGCGGGGUGGCCGGCGUGCUGGAGGACUAUGCGGGGGCCCCAGGCCCUCCCAAGCAAAGCCUACAGCCUCAUGCUGAAGGAGAAGAUACAGCCAAAGCUGAGAGGGAGGCCUCAAACAGCAGCCAGGAGCAGGUUUUGUCGGAGAAUCUGCUUGCCACAGUUGUGAAAUCCUCUGUCGGCAGUGCAGAGAGGCCCGCAGCCAGCAGUGAUGCGGGUGCUGGGCUGAAGGAGCUGGGCCCCAACCAGGCUGGGACAGCAGGAGCAGGAGAUAGCAUCAUGCAAGGAACUGGGCCAGCAGCAGGGAGUAACCCUUGUCUGGAUGCCGGGCUGCCCCAGGAGCGUGGUCCAAACCUGCAACAUGUCUCCCCGCGCAGCAGCACCCCCGAAUUGAAGGAUGCUUUGGCAAUGGAAGCCCCGAGCCUUGCUUUUGAGGCUGAGGAAGCGUUGCAGAUAGCAGCGGUAACCUCCAUCACAGGGUAUGAGGAAGAGCAGGGGGAGAUGGAAAGUGUCCUUCCCAGAGCCACGUUGCAGCCCAUUGCGGAGGAGCCCACGUGUGACAGUGACUCCAGCAGUGACACCAUGGGUCCAGGCGGUGAUGGCGAUUCUGCUCCCACUUCGACAGCAGCACAGGGGUUGGUCACAGCACAGCCUGAGGGUAAGCAAAGCCAAGGCAUAUCGGAGCCAACCCCUUCACCCUGCUCCUCUGGCUUCAAUGCUGUUGAGUCACCCGAGCAUGUGGGAGUAAAGAGUUCAGUUUCGGCAGAUGAUGGCUCUUCUCUGGAUAAAGUUCCUAAAAUGGUAAAAAGUUUUGAUGCCGUAGUUUUUGCAGCUGAGACCCCUUCAUCUCCUGGCUUACCAGCUGAAGGAAAAGUGGGGCCUGAGCCCCAGCCUGCAGUGGAUGUGGCAGCUGGCCUUAACGGAGAGGCAGACUUAAGAUCCUCUGCCAGAAAGGACGUCAGCCAGGCCAUUCGCGGAACCAAGCCUGCCACAGGGAAGUUGAAAAUGAAAACUGAAGAUGAGGUGGAUUUUAUGAAGGACCCCAGAGAGAGCGCAGCGCGCGAGGAAGCGAUAAACCGUGAAAGCUGGUGCUCACUGGAGCCAUGUCCUGACUCUUCGCUGCUGGAGCGCAAGCGGACAGGAGAGUCUCCAGAGUGUGAGAACUUCUUGGAGGAUGGGCUGAGCAGCAUCUGUGCCUCAUCACAGGGUGUCCUUAAAAGAGAGUCUGGCAGCGAGUCUGACUUCUUCUCCUUGCCUGGUGAUGGGAUGGAAGAUCUUGUCUUUGGGAAGCAGCCUGAAGAGGAACAGUCUGCAGGAGAUGUCACCAGCUCCAGCUCCUCUGCUGAUGACACCGUGUCCUUGGAGAGGAACUCAUCCCUGGGUAGCGACACGUCCCUGCCCUUCCCACCCGCGGUGAGCUUUGCACAGCCCAAAGACAGGCGCAGCCUGGAUGGGAGCUGCACGAGCAUGGUGGCUGUGGAGGGAGGAGAGGGUGAACUCGCUGGCUUGGGAGAGAAGGAAGAGGAGCUGGACAGUAUCACAGACGUGCCUGCUCCUUCCUCCGUCUCAAGAAACUCCAUGCGGCCGCUGUCACCUUUCCGACGCCACAGCUGGGGGCCAGGGAAGAAUGCCACCAAUGAAACAGAAAUCAAUCAGAGGAGUUCAAUGCGAGUUCUGGGGGAUGGUAUAAAGAAGCCUCCCAUUCAUAGAAGAAGUUUGAGCUGGUGUCCCUCUGGUGUGCAGUUCGCUGCCAUGGGUCCUGACUUUAAUUGUAGAAGUUACAGCCUAGAAGGCCUUGCUGGAGACUCUGGUGAGAACAAGAAGCCCUCUGCAAACAUGGAGGCUGCUUCUCUGAGCUCCAAAGACCUUCCACGGAGCACACUCACCAGCAACCAGUGCGGCUCCCUGGUCUUGCUCACUGAAGAACUUGAGCAAGGGGAAAUCAGAGACUAUGAUCACCAGAUCCAUCAAGCACCACACCCACAAGGAUUUAAUUUCUGCACUUCCUCCGUUUCGUCUUCACUGACCAAAUCUGUGUCUUUAAUGUCAAUUAGUAAACCAUCUCUGGACACCCAGGGCCGGACUCGACCAUCGAGACGAAUCUCCUUCUCCUUCAGCAUCUCUCCACUCAUUCCUAAGUCUAAAACUCUCUUUUCUAUUGGCUCUUCUUCCAGUGAUGAGGAGGAGGAGUUGGAUAGUACUCAGGCAUUUGGUGGCCCCGCGGGUUCCUUGGUUCAGAGCAUAUCUGAAGAGAGCAGCAGUGUCCCCUCUAUUAAAAGUGGAACAAAAGUCAGUCGUACCUUCAGCUACCUCAGGAAUAAAAUGUCCAGCAGCAAGAAGAGCAAGGAAAAAGAGAAAGAUAAAGAGAAGACUAAAGAGAAGGACAAAGAUUCCAAGGAAAAGGAAAAAGAUAAGAAGAUGUUAAAUGGACAUCUCUUCACUGCAACCUCUGUUGUAGCCCAAGCAAUCUGUUACCACUGUAUGAAACCUUUCAAUAAGGAUUCGUACUACUGUGCAAACUGCAAUGCAAUUGUUCACAAAGGCUGUAAGGAGAGCUUUGCUUCCUGUGCAAAGGUGAAAAUGAAGCCACAGAGAGGAAUGCUGCAGGCACAUGAUACCUCUUCAUUACCCACGGUGACCAUGAGAAACAAAGGCUCACAGCCCAAGGAGCGCCCUCGCUCCGCGAUACUCGCUCCCGAUGAGAACACCGUCACCUCCAUCUUCAACAACAGGAGAUCACAGCAGCCUACGGCGCUGUCAAAGAGUGUCUCAAUACAGAACAUUGCAGGGGUUGGGAAUGAUGACAGCUUAAUACACACUUGGAAAUUUCUGUCACAGUCCACAGACUCUUUACAUAAAAUUAGCCGGGUGAAUGAAUCCACUGAAUCAUUAGUUGAUGAAGGUGCAGACAUGAAUGAAGGGCAGCUGAUGGGAGACCUGGAACUAGAUUCCAAGCAGCUGGAGGCAGAGUCCUGGAGCCAAGCAGUGGACAGCCUGUUCCUACAGCAGCAAAACAAGGAUGUUGUCAAACGGCAAGACGUAAUUUAUGAGCUCAUGCAGACAGAAAUGCAUCAUGUCCGCACCCUGAAGAUAAUGAACGACGUAUACAGUGCAGGGAUGUUACAGGAGCUGCAGUACGAUCAGCAAGUUGUGGACAAGAUCUUUCCCUGCCUGGAGAACUUGCUGCACAUACAUAGUCAGUUCUUCCAGCGGAUUCUGGAAAGGAAGAAGGAGUCAUUGGCAGACAAAAGUGAAAAGAACUUUGUUAUCAAGAGGAUUGGUGACAUCCUGGUGAAUCAGUUCUCCGGAGAGAACGCUGAGAGAAUGAAGAAGACAUAUGGCAAAUUCUGCGGGCACCACAAUGAGGCAGUAAAUUACUUUAAAGAUCUGCACUCAAAGGACAAACGUUUCCAGGCUUUUGUCAAGAAAAAAAUGAGUUCCUCCCUGGUGAGACGUCUUGGGAUUUCUGAAUGUAUCUUGUUGGUAACACAGAGAAUCACAAAGUACCCAGUUCUUUUACAGAGGAUACUGCAGUACACCGCAGAAAAUGAAGUGGAACAUGAAGACUUGACUCAGUCAUUAAACCUUGUUAAAGAUGUGAUUGCUGCAGUCAAUAGCAAAGUCAGUAACUAUGAAAAGAAAAUGCGCCUUGAUGAGAUUUACAACCGGACAGACAGCAAAUCCAUCAUGAGGAUGAAAAGUGGUCAGAUGUUUGCAAGAGAGGACUUGAGACACCGGAAGCUCAUCCGAGACGGGCCUGUGUCACUGAAAAAUGCAGCCGGACGGCUGAAAGAAGUCCAGGCUAUUCUCCUCUCUGACAUGCUCGUAUUCCUUCAGGAGAAGGACCAGAAAUAUGUCUUUGCCUCACUGGACCAGAAAUCCACGGUGAUCUCUCUGAAGAAGCUCAUCGUACGGGAAGUGGCUCAUGAAGAGAAGGGUUUGUUCCUGAUCAGCAUGGGUGUGAAAGAUCCCGAAAUGGUGGAAGUGCAUGCCAGCUCCAAAGAAGAGCGGAACGGCUGGAUGCAGAUCAUUCAAGACACAAUAAGUACCAUGGAUAAGGAUGAGGAUGAAGGAGUCCCUUGUGAGUCUGAAUUUGAAAAGAAAUUGUCAGACACAAGAAUCAGAGCGCUGAAAGAACAACUUCAGCAGAAGGAUAGACAGAUCCUCCUCUUGCUGGAGGAAAAGGCCAAAAUCUUCAGUGACCUGGCAGACUCCUCUAUGCAAGAGGACAUGCCGAGUUCCAGACUGCUCUUCAGAGCCAACACUGAAGAAGCACCAAAAGGAGAAGCCAUUAUGAAAACUGCAAUAAACGAAGUGGAACUGCUGCAAGAGCUGGUGAACAGGAACCUGGGCAGCACCCUUAUGCAGCAACUCAGCAGUGCUGCCAUUGACGAAGAGGGAGGAGUUGGCCCCAUCUCUCUUCCUAAAAGGGCAGAAACUUUUGGAGGAUUCGACAGUCACCAGAUGAAUGCCUCCAAGGGUGGAGCGAAGGAUGAAGGCGAUGAUGCUCAGGACCUACGGAGAACAGAGUCAGAUGGUGUUUUAAAGAAGGCUGGAAAUGCUAACCUGAUGUUCAUACUGAAAAGGAACAGCGAGCAGGUCCUUCAAAGUGUUACCAGCCUCUGUAAGCUGCUCAAUGCUCUGCAGGGUGUUGUCCUACAGCAGGACACCUACAUCGAGGGCCAGAAGCUGGCCUUGAGUGAGAGGGCCCUGUCCCGAGGCUUCUUCCGCCCAGCCUCGCUGCUGGAGCAGGAGAAGCAGCGCAACCUGGAGAAGCAGCGCCAGGAACUUGCCAACCUGAAGAAGCAACAGGCUCAGCACCAGGAGGAGAAGAAGAGGGCAGAGAAGGAGUGUGAAGCACGGGAGAAGAAGCUGGCGGAGCUGGAAAUCCAACUGGCCAAGAGGGAGGAGGAGAUCCAGAAAGGGUGGCAGGAGCUGGAGUGCAGGCGGGAUGAGCUGCGACAGUUGAAAGCCUCCUACCAGCUUGAAAUGGAGAAACUUCUCAGUAAGCAGAAGCAGCUGGAUAAGGAGUGGGAGCAACUCAAGAAGGACAUGGAGCGACAACCUCAAAUGUGGUUGGAGCAUGAUGACAACCAGGUGUCAAAUCGACAUGAGAAACUUGCCAGGGUUUGCUCCCAGUCCAGCCUCGAAGGCACCUCCGUGCAGAAGAGCCCCUCAUUUCCUAAGCAAGGGCACUCUGAUGCAGAACUGUCUGUCUCCCCCAAAAGGAACAAUCUUUCAAGGACACACAAAGAGAAAAGCACUUCCCAUUUGCUUAGCACAACAAACCUGACUAACAAGGCAGCUGAGGAACAGCCCCAGAUGCCUACUCGCCUCUUCAGUUUAUCCAAACCAAAGGAAAAGAAGGAAAAGAAGAAGAAGGGCAGGGGACAUCGCUCCCAGGAAUCUGAUUCUCAUUCAUCAGAAGCACCUCCAGAGGGUGAGGAGAUCUUCUGCUGAGUGGGGACGGCUCCGUCGGUCACUCUCAGCUUUCAUACAGCGGACAUCUCCCUGCCCGACCCACAGCACAGUGCUGGUGCCUGCACCUGACAAGCAUCUGGAGGUUUUCAUUAAAGCAUUCUGCAAGUUUAUAAAGUGGUGGGAAAGAGCUUCUUUCCUUGGGUUUGCGUGAGUUGUCACCGCAGAGGCUUCCCACACAGCAAGUGGUACCAUCUCCCUGUGCAAACCUGGAUUCAGGUCGGUUGGGACGGAUGUUUGCAGUCUGUGGUACUGCUAAGGGAUGAGAGAACAUAGCCUUAAGGGGUCUGUGCCUUCAUGUUCCCCUUUUCUGGGGAAGGUAACCAAAACCAAGCAUUCAGAAAAAGAUUAGGACUCUACAAAUGGUGCGUACACACUGGCAUAUAUAGAUAUACUGUACAUACCCAUCUCUGUAUCUAUGUAUCCUCUGGGAUAUGCUUAGGUCUGUACAGCCAAGCUUAGCUCGGCCCGUGGGGAUAGGUGAUGCCUUUCAGGGAGCAUUCGGACAUCAAAUAUCUUGUCCUACUGCCCCAGCUGUAACGCCACUGACCCGCACGCCCCUUGGUGCUCAUGGUGUGGGUGCUGGCUUUCAGCAAGGCACUGCACACUGGGGAAGAGUAAUGGUGUUCAAAAGAAAAAAAAUCAGGAAACAAAUAAAAUUGAAGCUCUCCAAAGAGAUUUAUGGGGGGCAGAGGAGUUACAUGUCAAACUGUUUCCAGAAUCAAGCAGAACUUGGAGUAUAUUUAAAGUGAUGCAGAAAAUUGAAACUGGGAGGUUUGGAAGGCAACCCUAGGAAGCCAGGACAGAAGGUCAUCAAGUAGGAAGAACGCUAAGCAGCUUUUUUUUAAGCACUCUCUUGGAGCUACAGCUCACUCCUUCCCAUAAAGAUUUGUAUUGCCAGGAUCUAUUUCUCCAGUUGUUUGACAUCCCUUCAGGCAAGCCUGAUGGCUUAUGGGAAAGGUGGCUGGAAAUCUGCUUUGAGGGACCUUGGUUCUGUUAUUUGUGCUUUCUUUCCUCCACUCUUUAUGUUAUUGCUAGGCUUCUCUUCCUCUGGACUUUGUCAGCUUCUCCAGCUUGUUUCUAAGGCAGAACACCAGCAGUUUCAGAGCACAUUGGUGAGAUAGGUCAGAGCAGAGAGAACUCUGAGGAGGCAGCUCUUCAGACCCAUGCCUCUGCAGCAUUGUGCUCUUGUUUCUGGGCAGAAAAAUGUAUUCACAUGGACAAAACCACUGUGCAGCAGAUCCAAAAGCUGGCAUGCCAGGUGCACGUCCUUUGCUGUGUGAGCACAUCUGUGUCACCCUCAGCAGAAGGGGAAGGUUUGAGGACAGCUCUCGAUGCAGUAUCAUAGUCAUUUCAGCUGGAAAAGACCUCUAGCAUCAUCAAGCUCAGUUGUUCACCUAGCACUGCCAAGUCUGCCUCUAAAGAAGCACGUGCCGACAGUGAGGUGUUUAUACAGCUGUGGAGUACAGCAGGGAAGAGCAAUGCAGCAAGCCACUUCUGUUCCUUGCACGAUUGUUCCAAACCCUCUGAGAUCAAUUGGCCGAGUGGAUCUGUGAACAGUGAUAGGACAUUAUCAAGCUCCAAAAUAACUCAAGGGUUUGCUCCGAGUUGGAAGCUGCUGAGUGCAUUUCCUUUCCUGCCAGUUUUGCUUUAAUGAAAAAAAAACAAAACCACACAACACCACAGUUCUUUAGUUGCACUGUUGUUUGAUUUAGCUUCUCCCAAGCUAGGAACACACAGCAGUUUUCAGAGUUGGGUGCUGAUGCAGAUCGGCAGCGCUGCAGGUGAGGGGGAUGCUCUGAAGGUCUGUGCAGGAGCCCUAAGAACCACCUGCUUGCUAUUGAAGCUCUCUGAACUGCUGAGAUAAAAUUAAAAAAAAAAAAAAAAAAAAAAAAAGGAAGAAAGGAAAAGGGUUGAGAUUUUAUUUUUAUUUUCCUUUUUUUUAAUGUUAUUUGGUGCUCAUUCUUAAUUGCAAGCAGGGCUUGCAAAAUUAUUUAUCUUUCUGUUUAUUUGAAAGAGGUUUUUUUUUUCUUAAAGAAGUUUACUUGGUUUUAUUUUUUUAUUUUGCUUUUGUUUGGGGAUUUGGGGGUGGUUUGGUUUUUUUCUUCCCUUUUUUUUUUUUUUUUUUUUUUUGCCCCCCGUUUUGUUUUUAUUUUCUUACCAAAAGAUUGGUAAACCCAACGUUCUGAUUCCCUGGUUCCUACCCAACUGGGGGGGUGGGCAGUGCUGUGCCCACAGCUGCGUGAUUUCAAUUGAGAGCUUUCUGUAAGGCAGAGCAUCUUCAGGCCAGAAAAGUCUGGGAAGAGAAUUGGUGACUUCAGACAAGAGUCCUGUCUGCUCUCUUCUUGGGUUAAAUAUUUUCCUUGGGUUUUCUCAUGCUUCUCGGAGGCAAAGGGAGAGCAAAACACCACAGGGUCCUGCAGUGCUGUGAGGGCCUGGGUGGAUCUGGGCAGCUCCUCUUGGCUGGAAGUGUUGGUGUUGUCUUCUCAACAAGAAAAGCACCCACAGAGCAGGUUAGCUUCUGCCCCACUGUUUGCAUGGCUGGGAAAACACAUGUGCCAAGCUGAAGUUUUUGGAAACCAAAGCAGUGCCUGGCUCAUUUAGUGUUGUAUAAACAGAGAUCGGGUCCUCGAUGUUUCUGAGCAUUCCCUCGAGUCUGUAAUGGCCUUUGCCAGUCUGAGCUUUUCUUCUCAUCCCUGUGUCUUUUCCCCAGCAGUGCUUGAAGUCACAAAGCAGGGAAGUGUCCUGUAGCUCUGAGAAGGGCCUCAGUAGGGAGACCCAGAGCAGCAGGGCUGAGUCUGCCUGGUUUCAGUCCCUCUUCUGACCUGUGCAACCCAAAAUGAGCACCCAGGGCCCUCGCAGAAAAUAGUGUUUGCUUCAUGAUCUCUAAAGGCCCAUUUGUCAAAGAUGCUGUGGGUUUGAAUCAGAACUAUCCUGAAGGGAAAUACUGCACAUCAAAGCUGUUUGUGUCUGACAUCGCAGCGGGCAGAGCUUUGUCACUGGAGGAUGUACAUUGCUACAUGACUCACUUUAUUUGGAUUGAAGCCUUUACUCCCACACAGCUUCUUCCUUCUGUUACCUAUCGGAAGGUGAGGACUUGUUUUUACCUCUUCAGCCUUUUGUUUUUUUCCCACUCAGGUUUUCUUUGGAAAUGCCUGGCGUAGGUUCUCAGAGUCUGAUUCCUGCUCUGAUCCCUGCAGGUUGCUUAAUGUUGUCUGCUAGACUACAGUCCCAGUUUUACAGCACCUUUUCCCAACCUUAAAAUCAUGUUUGCUUCAGAUCCAGGCCUGGCACCCAUCCUGCAGGUGCUGAGGUGUCUUUCCUCCAACCCAACCUGAUGCCAGGUCUGGUUCCCAGAGCCUCGAUCCCACUCAGAGAGCCAAACCUCCUCAUCCCAUGAGGCAUUCCUGGGGCAUAGAACAGUUCUGGCACUGUCUCACAUGAAGUACAAAGGUGGUCAUUAUCAGCUGGGAGCACCAGGAGACUCUGGGAGCAGGGAGCAGCUGUAGGCGUAGGACUUGGUGCAGGUGUGUGGGGUUUGCCUUAGUUUCUCUUAAAUGAUGUGAUCAUCUCAGCAUGUGACUUUCUCUCAGUGUGAUGCCUUAAAGCACUUUAAAUGGAACUGGUCGUGUCACUUUUCAGUUUGGUUAAGUGGAGACAAUCAGCUGUGUAAUUGCUUUCCCCUCGGCAUGCCCAGCACAACCCAAGCUGCACAGCAGUGUUACCAGCACCGGCCUGCCCUUGUUUUGGGGGGGGGGGACAAAGGGCCAAGCAUUUUGUAUCAUUAUUAGACCAAAGUGGAUGUGAAUGUGACUACGGUCCCACCACAGGCAGGGUGAGCCCUUUCCCCACGGGAGAGCCCAGCAGCCAUUUGCUCAUGGAGCCCCCCUGGCCUCACACCAUGGCACUUAGGAGCAGGCAUCAGGAGUGGAGCAGUUGGCUUCUGAUGGCCUGGCUGUGUCACCCUGUAUGACCUCACGCUACCACCAUCCUCCUCCUCCUCCUCCUCCUCCUCCUCUUGGAGUUUGACCACUGCUGAGAAGCAAUGCCAUGAGCUUGAGCGGGUUUGUACACAGGGAAGAGCAUCUGUAGAGCCUGAAGUCUUUGCACCUUCCUUGCUGCAUGAGGAUAUCUCAAAGCUGUUAGCAAAACGCCCGAACCCAGCCCUUCCCAUUGCCACCGGGUCAGGAGAGGUUCAUCAGGUGCCAAAUGCCAAGGAAGCUGUGUAGGGUGUCUGACACAAGGGAGGAAUGGGCAGGGGGCACAGGAGAGAGCAUCUGCUCAAAUCCAACAAAACAUUCCUUGUUAACCAGAACUCUGGAAGUUAUUCUGCCUGCUGGUCAGGUUUGGGAAUUCAACAUAAUUUAAGGCACCCUUUUAAAGAGAAAAAAAACCAACCCUCCCCUACUGCUCCUAACUCUUGCGUCGCUUGUCAGAAGGGGCAGCAAUCAGCGAUGAGUUCUUGAUCCGACGAUGCAGCUAAGUUUUAAAGAUAGGUGAGCUGAACUGGACGCACCUCUGGCUCCUGGGGCACGGGAAGCACAGCGUCAGCUCCCGGCCCACCUGCAUUUUGGGGCUCAAUGCCUUUCCUUCCACAAGCAUUUCACUGACACUGAUGCUUUGCCCAAAUAUAUUCUGCUUCCUUCGCUUGGGGGGUUGGGGGGCAGGAUGACGUUCACUGCUUGGCCUACAGCCGUGAGCUUUGUAUGUAUUUAAGCUGUCUAUAGGUAUCAAUCAUUUCCAUGCUCUGAAGUAUUUUAUUGUUCUAUCGAUAUUAAACGGUGAGUCAAAACAAAAAUAAUCUGACAUCCAGUUCAGUUCGCCUAUGGUUAAAGUUUAGCCUGGUGUUUGUCUUGUACUAAUAUGGAAUGCACUUGAGUAAUGCCCGGAGCGUUAGGGGGUGUAUUACAGCAACCCCAUAUACCUCUGCCUUUGGUUUGUUUCUUUAAAAAAAAAAGAGAGAGAUAAAAAAUAUGCUUUGCAUUUUCAUGUUGAACCCAUUAAAAAAUUAAUUAAAAAAAAAAAGUUUAAAAAAAAAGGAAUUUUUUUAAAAAGAGGGUAAAACCUAAUUGCUGUAUGUUAAUUUGUAAUUAUGUAAAAAGUGAGCAGGUUAUUGACUGUGUAAAAUUCUUCAGUUUUCCUGUAACUUGCCAGAAACCAUUAGGUUUUGUAACGAGCUUUUAUUUAUCUUCCUUUUUAGUUAUCAGCAUCAACCUCUUGUAAAGUCAUUUUUCCUCUAAAUAAAUUUGAUUUUAAGUCUGA